AUGGGUGCCGGAGAAAGUAGUAACAAUGAAGACUUUACUGGACCAGUGCCAAUACGGAUACAAAAUGCAAAUCCACUUCUAUUUACCUUACCUCAAGAGCACAUGAAUAUUCAGCCGUAUUGGAUCAUGAUCGUACAAUUGAUUUUAAAAGAUAUUAUUUUUCAGCGUAUUUGGAAUCGAAUACGCUAUGGCACAUGGUCCACUACACAAGAGAUUGCAGCUGGUCACUAUAUAUUACGUAAAAAACGAGCUAAAAUCCAGGAAGUACUGGAACUAAAUAGACAAUUUCAACAUCAACUGAGGGGAAGACAACGCCGGGAUCCUCGUUAUGUGAGAAUGAAGUCUUUUCAAGACGCAUUGGUUACUCCUGGGUCAUUGAUACGUCCCCGCUUCUGGACUACUAAUUCUCUACGUGAACAUCAAGCACGUCAAGCACAUCAAGAGAAUAUACUUAUGAUAGAACUUGAAAAAGCUCAAAGAGCUCUUGAUCUUCUCUAUGGCAAAUUAAAGUUCGAUCUGUUCGACCUACUUAUUCACUCUUUACCUUUAUUCGCACAUACGAUUUGGUACUUCUACAUACAGUCAUCGUGUAUAGGAGCAGAAAAAGCCAACGAAUGGAAUUGUUAUAAUGCAUUCGGUUAUCGAUUGUACAAUUAUAUCUUUGUUCCAUAUUGUGCUUUCUUCUGGCUUGUUGUUACUAAGCUGUACGUAUACUUUCGGGUGCGACAACAUGUGCAGAAAGUACAUAAGGAAUCGUUGAGGAAGACAAUCGAGCAUCACAUUGGUCUAUGGCCAUCGCUUCUUACGAUCAUCGUUGUUGGUCUUCCUUUAGUUCCAUAUAUUUUUACCAAUGUAAUACCAAUGGCUGCCACUUAUGUAUUUAUGAUCAUCAUCUACAUAGUUUUAUGGUUGGCUGCCCUAGUCUUUUGUGUAAUUGUUUCAUUUAUCCCGAUCAUUGGUCCAAUCCUACUUGGUACAGUAAAAGUACUUCCGGAAGAAGAUCGUCCAAUAGCGUCUAUUGUUCUCAUGUUUCCAUUUACUCUCCUUACUCUGCCAAUAUUGAUCUCGGUGUUUUUUAAUUAUUCGCAGUAUUUAUAUUAUGGAAACGAUUACUAUGGCACCAUGAAAGAUGAAUUCGAUUCGCGUAAUACAACAAUUUAUUUCAAAAUACUGCAAGCAUCAAUCAAUGAAAAAUUUCAUACUUCUCUGAACUUCGUAUAA